AUGGGUUUUACCAUCCUGGCUUGUUUUGUUGCGACACUUUCCUUGGUUUUCUGUGACCAAAAUUUUGACAAAGCUGGGCAGACUAUACAGGCUGUAAGAGACAUUCAGCAGCCAUUCAUUGUUGAGUUUCCUGAUAACCACAAGCAACAAAAGAGAAGAGACGAUUCACAGAAUCAGCCCAACAACCUGAAAAUUGCCGCUUUCAACGUCCAAACAUUUGGUAAGAAGAAAAUGGAGACACCAGGAAUACCUGAACUUCUUGUUAAGAUUGUUCUCCGCUUUGAUGUCAUUCUUAUCCAGGAGAUCAGAGAUGCCUCUGGUAAAGCGAUUCUUAAGUUGCUUUCACUAAUAAACAAAAAUUCCUCUAAAGGGAUUUACGAUAUCACCAUCAGUCCGCGACUUGGAAGAUCUUCAAGCAAAGAACAAUACGCGUUCCUGUUCAGGAAAGACGUUUUAUCCGUUAAACAUAGCUAUACUUACGAUGAUGGCCAAGAAGAUCUUCAGAGCGAUACUUUUGAAAGGGAACCAUAUAUCGUUCACUUUUACUCUUCAGUGACCAAUGUCACAGAUUUUGUGCUUGUUGCUAUCCACACGUCUCCGUCGAAAGCUAACCAAGAAAUAGACGAGCUUGCUGUUGUGUAUGACGACGUUAUCAGGAAACUUGGCAUAACAGAUGUGAUAAUCCUUGGUGACUUAAAUGCGGCCUGCAGCUACAUGAGUGAUAGCAAAUGGAAAACCAACCGAUUGGCUAACGACAGGCGAUUUCAUUGGCUUAUUUCUGAUUGCGUAGAUACCACUGUAACUGGAGGACUCUGUGCCUAUGAUCGAUUCGUUGUUGCUGGAGAUGCUAUGUUGAAUGCAGUCAUUGAGUCAAGUGCGGAAAGUUAUAAAUAUGACCAAGAGUUGGAUGUCAAUCAGACCAUGACAGUUCUUGUGAGUGAUCACUAUCCAGUUGAAAUGCAAAUUGUUACAAAAGAACUGGCCACAGCCUUGAGUUCCAUAUCCAGGAGUGUUGAACAUUCUUUCAAAACGAAACCGUCUCCGACUCUGACCAGACAUAAAAUAUACAGAAAGAAAAAAACCUUGGAAGCAGCAGAAUUCACAGUUGAAAGAACGUAUAAUAAAAACAGAGCAAUCAGUAGAAUGAUAUUCAGAAGAGACUUUGUGAACAUCAAGGAAGCACUCGGUGCAGUUUGCAUCCUUAAAGAAAAAACCACUGACUCCAUCAUCACUGUUGCUCAAACCCAAAAUGUAGAGUUCCUUUUAACAGGACCGUGGAUACAAGAAAAACAAUUAUUGUAUAAGAAAACUGGAACUGUCAAGCUUGUUUGUGAAAUGUACCCUCAGCCCAGUUGCUGGAUCUCUCUGUUAUUUAACUAACAAGGGCAAU